AUGAAUAAAACAAUAUCCAUCUUACGUGGGGGUGGUUGUGGAACUUCGUAAAUAAGUCCAUAGGAUUCUAUCGCUAAAACAACUAAAAAAGACAAAGAUUUAGAAUUAGAAAAUUUCAUCACAAAAUUUGAUUUCUAUGUUGAACAAAUUUGCACAAGAGCUUCUGUUGCUGUGAAUCAAUCAGAAUCUUAAGAAAUAAUGAUAGCUUUACAAUGGUUUUUUUUUUAAGAGGAAAGCAUCUACAAACUCAAUAAGAGUGCUGAAAAGGUCAUGAAAUCAUAUAACUUGAUCUUAGAGGGGAUUCGAAAACUGUUGAAAAGCUGUUAGAUCUACAUUAAAACAGAUUAGUUUAAAUGUUUGUAUAUCUUAUAGACUACAGCAUCUCUAUCUAAAGUUAUAUUUAGCUUUCAUAUAAUGAAUGAUGAGAGAUUUAUGAAAUAUGAUUUAUAAAAAGAAUUUCUGGAUAUUUCUGAUGAAUUAAAAUAAUAAAUGGAAAUAGAGAAGAAUGAUAUGAUUCAAAUUUAAAUGGAACUUUAUCUUUUCCUAACAAAAACUUCUUUCGAGAUGGCUCCAAAUAAUAGUAACGAAAGGGAAGAAAUUUUAAAAGGAUGUUUAAGUGGUAUAAUUUAAUCAAUAAUACAAAUGAAACCUAGUGCUGAAUUGCUUGAAUCACUAUUUCAGGGAGCCUGCCUGCUUUACAAAAUGUAUUCAGUUUAGAAAAAUAGAAAAUAAUAUGAAGUUUAUUUUCAAAUAGACAUUUUACAAUGGGAGAUAAUUAGUUAUUUUAAAUAUGAAAAAUAAAAAAAUCUAGAAGAAGUGCUUUUACAAAUUCAGGCAAUACACGAAAAUCUUGUGUAGAAUUCAAAUAAUUGGAAAAAUCAUUUUUUAUGGAUUUAAAUGAUUGCCAAAAUCUUAAUGUAUAAUCCUUUAUUGUCAAAAAAAAAAUUGCAACAGCUAAUCGACUUAUACAAUUAUAAAGUCGAUUCAAACCAAAUUUGGAAGGAAUAUUAGAACAAAGGAUUACUAAUUUAAUUGAAUAAAAGCAGUAACUCAACUAUAAUUUUACUGAAUAAACUUUAAAAUAAAGAAUCAAUACUUUAAUUUGAUAGAAUAAUUUUAGAAGACUGUUUUAAGGAAUGGGAAAAUUUUUUAUUGCUUAAAGACUUCUUAUUGAAUGAUUAUGAACCCAAUAUCAAUUUUACAUUUUGUUCUUACUUACAAUGCAAAUUGAAGGUAGGAUGCACUGAAUUUUACAAAAAUGACAAUAUUUUGGUAGUGAGUCAAAUCUAAACAUUUUUUCAUUUCAUAAUUUCCAAUAAAUUACUAACUUUAUUUAAUGAAAAUUAUGAGAAAUUGGGAUUAGUAAUUAAAAGUUAUCAAAAUUUAAUGAAACACAAUAUAUAGUUUAAUAAAAAGAUAUAACAAGCUAUGCAAAAUUCAGAAAUAAAUAAGAUGAUUCUCAACUUCAAAUAAUAUUUCCUAAAUACUUAAAAUAUCAUAAAAUUUGUUAGGCUUAAUCAAAAUAAAUAAAAUUGUUAAACUUAAUUACUUGAAUUUUAAAAUGAACUAAAUAAUUUUUAAUAACUUAAAUAUUUGAUUAAAGUAUUAGAAUAAUUAUUAUAGUCACAGCUUUCAGAAUUUAAGGAUAAGAUAGAUGAGAAAAAUAAAUCUUAAAUUCAAAAUGACUGAAGAAAAGGUGAAGAUUUAAAUGGAAUUAACAAAACUUACACUAAGACAUUCAUUUCUUGAUAAUUUUAAGAAGAAACUUUUGGCUUUACUGGCUGUUUCCCUAAACUAACAAAACUUUUUAAAAACAGCUUCAAGUCUGAUUUAAUUGAUUACUAAUUCUUGGAAACAAUUAGAAUAAUUAGAAAGGCUAGAAGUUACUAAGCUUCAAAAAAAUAAUAACAUGAUUUAAUAUUUUGAGGUUUAAUUGAAUAAACUUUUUUUAGACUAUGAAGAAAUCGACUAAGAACUUAACCAUGAUAAUAAUGAGUCUAUGUUCUUUCUUAAGGAAAUUAUUCAAAUCAAGUAAGAAAUUGCCCCUCUUUUAAAUCCACAAAACUCUAAAGAGAUCAAAGGAUUAAUAAAAUAUAUUCAAAAUUUAAGGUUCAAACAUUUAAAACUACAUUUAAAAUUAGACACAAUCAAGAAGUCCUUCUUAAAUAUGUUAGCAUAAACUAGCCCAGAAGAAUUACAAUAGUUGUUAGAGUUUAUUAAUCUCAAUGAGUUCCUAUUUUCAGUAAUUAAAAAUUACCCAAAAAGAUUAAAUUACUGUAAUGGGGAGAUUGAAAAAGUUACUAUGGUAGAAUUAAAAAGUUUAUAAUUCACUGAAUAAGACUAUUAAAGUACUUUAUCAAAGUAGAAAGGAUUAAUAGAAUACUUACAAUUCUGUUUAUCAAUAGAAAAAUAAAUGAUUUCUAAAGAGGAAUUAGAUUUAGAAUUAAUUUAGAAGGAAUUAGGAUACUUAUUCAUUGAAGAAUCUCCUUCCUAAAUGUUUAUCCAAACUAUUGAAAGUCUUUUUCUGACAAGUGACGAAUUAGUAAAAAAUUUGAUUGAAGAAAAAUUGAAUUUAUCAGAAUUGAUAUUGAUAAAGGAAAAAUUUUAUAAUUGUUUGAAGGAACUUGGGAAAAUCAAAAAGUCAAGAAAUCAUUAAAGCAUAGAUUAGAUUGGGAGUGGUUAUUGUAAUUAAUUAGCCAACCAAACAGAAACAGUGAUUAGAAUACUGGAAACUUUCGAGAAGAGUGAUAAGGAAAUUUUUUUAAUUUUAUUAAAAGAAGAGCUGAUGAAUUUUAAAAACCUAUUAAGUAUUAAUCAAUAAGAAAUUAAGGAAAAAGAUGAAAAAAUCAAAAAAUAAAGUAAUUAAAUUGAAGAAGUUUAAUCGCCUCAAUAAUUAUUAAUAUAAAGAGAAAAUGACUAAAUGUUAGAAAAGCAGAGUAAUGAUGAUAUUGAAUAAAAUGAUCAAAACUUUAAUUUUAGAAGCAACGAAAACUAUAAUACAUAUUUAAAAUGUAUGAUAAAGCUUGUGCAAUUAUAAUAGUAAAAGAUAACAGAAAAAAUGAAGGGAUUAGACAAGUUACUUGAAGUAAGUUAUAGUUUCUCUAAUGAUAUUGAUCUAAUUUAAAAAUAAACUUAAGAUACUCAAGAAAAAUGUUCAUAAAUAUUUUAAUGCCGAUUUAGACAAAUAAUUAUGAGCUUCGAAAAAUUAACAUCAUCACCCAUAAAUUUAUAAUAAAAGAAAAAUGAAAAUUUUUUGCAUUAUUUUGGAAGAAUAUAAUCUAAUUUGUAAUUAGGAAUAAAUGAUUUUGAGAUUACUUAAAUUUAAACAAAUAUUUGUGAUUUUCUAAAUACUUUAAAGAUGUAUUUUUCAGAUAAAUUAAAAUAGCCAAUUUAUUUUGCAAACACCAAGAUUGAAUAAGAAAAUAUGAUUCAUUAAAUUAGAAAACUUUACUUAGAGACUUCUAAGGAAGAAGAAAAUGAUUAUAAAUCUAAUCAAGAGUUAGAUUUAUUUGAUACUUUGAAUAAAAAGUUUAAAGACUAUCAUAAUAAUGAAGAAUGGAAAAUAAAAUAGGGUCUUGUAUUUACUAUAAUUUAAAUUUCAUCCAAUUGCUUCACAAAUUCUAUUAUAUAAUUUUGUCAGAAAGCUUUAAUCUAAUUGUGGAUUUCUGAGAAAGAUUAAAGAGUAAGAAAUCUAUUAAAAAAUGAGAACUUAAUUAAUAUGUAAAUGUAGAUUUUGAAGAAAGAUUGGUAAACUUAGCAUAAUAGAGUCUCAGGUGAAAUGUAAUAAAUGUUGAUGAAAAUCGAUUAAUUAUAAGAAGAAGUUUCACAUGAAGCUAAUCUCAACAAACGUGAUCAACAGCUAAGAGAAUUGGGUGAAACAACUAAGCUAUUAGAUGAAUAUAUUGAAAAUAUUAGUGAAAUGGGUUAAUAACUUAGAUUGAUAACUGAUUUUGUAAAUCAUAUUAGGAAAAAUUUAUUAAGAGUUGAAGGAAAAAUUAAUGAAAUGAAUGAGUAACUUAAUAGGAUGGAUAAUGACGUUAAAUCUUUGAGAGGAAAAUCUGUUGAAUAACUGUUUGAAAUUAGAAAAUGGAAAGUAUUAAAAGAAGCAGCAUAUAAAAAUGUUAAAUCUAUCUAUGUGCCAUUAAAAACUUAAGAGAAAGGAAAAAAUGAGUAAAGUUAUUUGAUGAAUUUAGACUAAUUUGAUGACAAAGAAGGAGAAGUGAAUGAGUUUUUAUAAGAAGAAAAAACAGUGAUGCUGAUUCAUGGAAUAGCUGGAUCAGGUAAAAGCACAACGGCUAAGAAAAUAGAAGAAAUCAUCUGGAAGUUACAUGAAGUUAAUAAAAAAAUCGGGAAUUAAACUCUUAUACCUAUUUAUAUUUCAUUACCUUCUUUAAAAAAUCCAGUUUUUUAAGCAGUAGAAGAAACACUUCGUUCAGAUGAGUAUGGUUUUGAAGCUCUUUAAUUGAAAGAAUGUAAAGAAAAGUUGUAAAAUAAGGAGUUCCGAUUUAUGUUAAUAAUGGACAGUUAUGAUGAAAUGAAACUUGAGAACAUACAGAAAAAUCUAUACAUAAAUAACAAACUUAAAUAAAAUUGGUCAGACCCACUUGUAAUUUUCACAACUAGAAGCGAAAUUUUUACAAGUAUUAAUUACAUUGAUUGGUUUGCCCCUGAAGAGAAAACGAAAUUUAAAGAAAUCUAGCUUCUAAAAUUUGACAAGCAUCAAACUAAAGAAUAUUUGAAAAAAUUCACUAUUCAAAGUAUUAAAAUGUAGAUAUUUGAAAUUUACGAAUGGUAAAUAUAAAUAACAAAAGGAUGUAUGGACAUUAAUAAGUUUGAACUGUGCUGGGAAUAAUUAAAGUAAUCAUUUUUGAAGUUUGAGGGCUCAAAGUUGAAAUCUGAGGCUCUUUUGAAUUAAAAAUAAAUAGAAAACAUUUUGAUUUUUCUAAAGGAUGAUAACUUUUUUGCCUUAAAAAGCAAUGAAGCUUUAAGAAGUUUGAGGAUUAAUUUAUAAAAAUUGUGGAGCAUUGAAAAGUAUUUUUAAAUGAUGAAGUAGAUAAAUUUAAAUAGAUUAGUAGAAACUCCUUAUAUGAUAGAAAUAAUAGUUUAAGUGUUGCCUUAAAUGAUGAUUAAAGCUACAGAGAUCACCAAAAUGAAAGAAAACUUCAUUAACAAUUUCUCAAAAAUGUUUAAAAAAUUCUUGAAAAGCAAAUAUCUGAUUUAUAUGAAUAAAUAGCAAAAGAAUAAGCAUUAAAUAAAAUAACUUGAAGAAUUUAAAUAAGACUCUAUUGGUAUUUAGGAAGAAGAAUUUCAAGUUAUAGUCAAAAAAAUAGUAUUUAGGAAAUUAAAAAAUUGUUUGAUUCUUAAAUAAGCAAGAACACUGAUUUAGCAUUUAUAAAAUUUACAGCAGAAACUUAGAUGGAUACCUGGGCUUGCCAACCAAAUAAACUUUAUUUAUUUUUUUUACACCUCUAUCAGUUUAUCUAUUAUUCUGCUUUGA